AUGUCAUACAAAUUCUACAAACGAGAUCAGGCACAAAACGAAUUGGCUUCUGAUUAUAUUGCUACGUUACGCAAAAUUAGUUCGGGAUGCAAUUUUAUUGAUUUAGAACGAAUGCUUCGAGAUAGACUGGUGUGCGGCAUGAGCGAUCAUAAGCUUCAGUAUGAGUUGUUGAAGAGAGAACAACUUCGUUAUGAAGAUGUUCUACAUGCUAUGGUAUCAUCGGAGAGCGCCGGAAAAGAUGUGCGCAUGAUUCAAAGCACGAGCACGGACACAUUUGGUAUGACACAGGGUGAGGUAGUGACGUCACAUGCCGAGCCUAUGGAAGUGAAUGUCGUCAAUUUCAAACGUAAUUUUCGACUGUGCUAUCGCUGCGGAGACCGACACGGUGGAGAGUGUCGUUAUAUUAAUUCAAUUUGUCAUUAUUGUAAGAAAAAAGGGCAUAUUGAAAAGAUAUGUACAUCUAAGAAAAACAACAAAAGAAAGAGAAUUAACUAUACAGAUGAUGAAUUUCAAGCGCAAUUAAAUGGUAUUUACAACGUGAACACAAAUAGUCGGCGCGUACCAGCUUACGAAGUAAAGGUGUUACUAGAUGGUGUACCAGUGAUUAUGGAAGUGGACUCGGGUGCUGCCUACUCUCUUGUGAAUUUACAUACGUGGCGUCGAAUACACUCUCACAUGCCUUUGGAACCUUUGAUGAAUAAAUUAUGUACUUGGAAUAAUUCUGCAGUCAGAGUGGACGGUCAAGCCACAGUGCUAGUACAAUAUAAAGACAUUAAGUGUUCUCUUAAGGUUAUUGUGGCUCAGGGUUCGGGUCCAAAUUUGUUAGGACGUAAUUGUUUUGAAGCUUUAGGAAUAUGUGUAAAUGUAAAUACUAUUAAAGAAAUUAAUGUGACUGAGGUAAUUUUGAAUAAACAUAAUGAAGUUUUCAGAGCCGGACUCGGUACUUAUCGUGGGGAACCUGUAAAUAUUCACCUGAAACCAGGUGCAGUGCCAAGAUUUAUGAAAGCGCGUCCUGUACCGUACGCUAUCAAAGAAAGAGUUGAAAAAGAAAUCAAUCGCCUGGAAGCUGAAGGAGUACUCCGCCCUGUAACUUUUUCUGAGUGGGCUACUCCAGUUGUUCCUAUCGUAAAAAAGAAUGGAGACGUACGCCUUUGUGGAGAUUAUCGUAGUACAGUUAAUCAGGCUACAGAGUCUGAUACGUAUCCAAUGCCCACCGCAAGUGAAGUGUUUGCCACUAUCUCUGCAGGUUUCAUAAUUGAUGCUGAGGGUAUACACCCUGCACCGAGUAAAGUAGAAUCAAUAUUGAAAACUCCCAAACCUAAGAACGUACAAGAGCUUCAAGCUUUUCUUGGCCUUUAUAAUUUUUAUGAGAGAUUUAUUCCUCACAAAGCCACCGUACUUGAACCUUUACAUAGAUUGCUAGACAAAGCACAUAAGUGGCAGUGGUCAGAACGGGAACAGAGAAGUUUCGAGGUAGCAAAACGUUUGUUGUCUUCAGAGUUAACCUUAGCUCAUUACGAUCUUGAAAAACCUUUGAUACUUACCUGUGAUAGUUCAGAUUACGGUGUAGGUGCAGUUUUGUCACAUGUCAUGAGUGACCGACAGGAACGACCUGUUGCUAUGGGGUCCAGGACACUUCACAUGCACGAACGGCGCUAUUCGCAGCUAGAUAAAGAAGCGACUGCAAUAAUGUUUGGAAUAAAUAAAUUUCAGAACUAUCUUAUGGGACGGUCAUUUACUAUUGUCACGGAUCACAAACCUUUGUUAGGUAUAUUUGAUCCAAGAAAACCCAUUCCUAAUAUGUUGUCACCACGUCUUACAAGAAUAGCAUUAGUACUUACUUCACAUAAUUAUGAUAUUAUUUAUAAACCUGGAAAAUGCAUAGGACAUGCAGAUGGGUUGAGUCGUUGGCCACAACCUGUAUCAGAACAACCUGAAGAACAGCUUCAGGACAUAUUGCUACUGGCCGAAACACCAGACGAGUUUCCAAUAGAUGUUGCUCAAAUAGCAAAUGCUACCAAACGUGACUCAGUUUUGUCUCGUGAAACUGCAGAAAGAGGGAAGGAAUCGGAAUUGGAUUGUGAGGCAGUGAAUGUUGAGGAACAAGAAGAUAUGGAAGACAUUUCUAGUAGUUUGGAGGAACAGGAAAUUAUAGAGAUACCGAGUCCGGAUAAAUGGGCAGAAAUGUUAGGAAUUCCUCCCGAACCAGAAUCAGGAUAUUCUGGUGUCCUCUGGUUCCUUGCACUGGCUCUUUUAGAUUCCAAGUUCAGUUCUUUGAAAUCAUCAAUGUAG